AUAACACUCCCCAGAAAUGUCGAAUGAUAUCGGGAAGAUCGGGAGCAAAAUUCAGAUUUUGGAGGAUCGCCUGAGCGGUAAGAAUGAGUCUGGUGAGAGUAUGGAUAAGCAGCCGUUCGAUAAAUCACGCCCCGGCAGCGGCCGACGUCCGGACAAUUUGGGAGAGUUCGGACGAGGCCGGAAACCAGGCGGACUGGAUUUGCCGGUGGGCGGAUUCCAGAUUCUGCACUCCCGCAUUGAGCCGGAAACGGAGAACAAACUGAAGACCAUCAUGAAGCGGAGCGGGAUUCUGUGCAUCGACGGGAAGGAGUACAAGACGGACAUCAAGGACCUGGAGGACAAGGGAGAGCUGGGAAACGGCACGAGUGGGCAGGUGGUGAAGAUGCGACACGUUGAGAGUGACACAAUAAUUGCUGUGAAGCAAAUGCGGCGGACGGGAAACGAGGAGGAGAACAAGCGGAUAAUCAUGGAUUUGGACGUGGUGCUCAAGUCUCAUGAUUGCCCAUUCAUUGUGAGAUGCCUGGGAUGCUUCAUCACGCAGACAGACGUGUGGAUCUGCAUGGAGUUGAUGGCGACGUGCUUCGAUAAGCUGCAAAAGAAGUCAAAUCUGCCUGUGCCUGAAGACAUUCUCGGGAAGGUGACAGUCGCCACCGUGAAAGCACUGGCGUAUUUGAAAGAUAAACACGGCGUUAUCCACAGAGAUGUGAAGCCAUCGAAUAUACUGAUUGACGAGAAGGGUGUUAUCAAACUAUGUGAUUUCGGAAUUAGUGGAAGACUAGUCGAUUCAAAGGCCAAAACACGAUCCGCUGGAUGCGCCGCGUACAUGGCGCCCGAACGCAUCGAUCCGAAGAAACCAGAGUACGAUAUUAGAGCCGAUGUAUGGUCUUUGGGCAUAACACUAGUCGAACUGGCGACUGGCUCUUUCCCAUACAAAGGCUGUAAAACCGACUUCGAAGUGUUGACCAAAGUUCUAGAGUCAGAUCCACCAUCACUGCCAACUGAUCAAGGUUUCAGUGUUGAUUUUCAGGAUUUCGUCAUUAAAUGUUUAACGAAGAACUCACACCGUCGCCCCAAAUAUCCUGAACUCCUGCGACAACCGUUUCUAAAGUACUAUGAAGAUCAUUACGUCGACGUGCCUUCGUGGUUCUCGUCGGUAAUGGAAAAGACUGGACUGAAGUCACAUCGCAGACUAUCGUCUUCACACUUGCAAUCUGAAGCUCAUAGGACAAUAGUAGCACCAUCAAGUAUACCAAAUUAUCAUGAAAGUAGUAGCAGUAGUAGUCAUCGCCAUCAAGUGUCGCCAUCGCCAAUUUCACCCCCAAGCAAGCCGCCGGCCGCGUCUUCGUGCGCGGCCGACAACGGCGGCUGCACGAGUGUCGAGAGGGACGUGGAGGAGCACCGGAAGCUCGAGGAUUUGUACAGUGGCGGCGAGCCGUCGGGUAAUUUCACAGUUGACGAGGGAGAUUUCAAUUUGCCGCGGAACGCGCAGGACAAUUACAAUGUUGUGAGUGAAAUGAACAAGAUGUACAGGAGUUCACCGUUCAUGCAGCGUCGCCGAGAGAUUGGAGACUUCGGGAGUCCGCGAAAGGAGUCAAUGAUGGGCAGUUUGGGCCAUACUUUCAUCAGAAAUAUGACCACAACGCCGUUUGCACAGAAGAAGAUCAGCAACCAGGCGAGACAACACCAAUUGGAGGCCAUGAGGAAUCAGACUCGACCGCCGGAUGGUGAUGAGAAUGGCUUUGGGAAUCUCUAUAUCCCAGAUUCACCGUUGCCGCUGCGCAAGUCAUCAGCACUGGCGCAAGAGCAUGGGCAAAUGCGUCUGCCAGGAAACACUAGUCCAAUUGUGCUUCAACGCUUCUACCAUCAGCAGAGUCAGUUGCGUGAGAGGCAGCUGGAGGAGGAGGUGAAAUUGCACCAGGAGAACACAAAUCCCUUCCACAGUGAUAUACUUAAAUACCAAACAAUUCAGCGAUCGCAUGUACCAAAUGUGGGUGUCAUGAAUCCCUUCCAUGAACAUCAAUACCAUCAAUAUAAUCACCGUGGAAUUGACAAGAGUCACGCGCCGCACGCUGAUAGUCAGAAGCAGCAUCAGUACCUCUUUAACAGCUGCAGCAAUGGCAAGAAGAAUUCUGUUCAGCCCUCAUCGCUGGGCUUCUAUCCAACAGGUGACUUUCGCGCGGAGGCUGAGGACUUCAGGCCUGACCACAAUGUGUACAGCAACAGUCCGCGGGGGAGGAACUCGCCGUCUGGCCUGAUCAAUGGCCUGGGCAGUUGCGAUGGCAUCAAAGAUGACACGGGGUGGUUCAAUUCCAUUGCAGGCGUGGUGAAGCGUCGCUUUGCCUCGUACAUGAAGCUCCACUUGGCGUCGGGGGAGCGCGGCGAGAAGAGCCGCGGCCGACCCACUGUGAAUUCCAAUCCAUCGACCGUGUACAACACGCCGACGCACACGUCGAACAAUCCCUUCCUGGUGCAGGAGCGCGCACCGAUUCCCAUCCAGCCGCCUAGUCCUCACAUUCUCAGUGGCGUGGACAGACGCCACAGGAGUCCGGAUCCGCCGCCGCGGUACAAUCGGGGCCAAUCGCCGCUGCUGCUGCGGAGGAAUCUGUACGAGUUGGGCCAAGUGCCGCCCGGAUCGCCAAUAAUGCCGAGGAGGUACUUGUCUUCAUCACCACCUGUGCCGCCGCCCCGACGUGGCUCCGAAAGUGUUCCCGGAUCACCUCAACAUUUCCGCACGCGCAUCCACUACACGCCAGAGCCGCAGAGGCGAUUCUACAGGCACAUCGAUCAAUGAGUGGGACUGCAAGUGAUGAUCCUCAGAUCAUCAUAUGGCUUCUGAAUUGUUGCCAGAACGCCGCUCUUCCUCUCUUUGUGGGGGGGUUUUUGGUGUGUGUGCUCGCGAAAGAGAAAAAUUCUCAGGUGUCCCUAUGAAAAAAAAAUCACAAUAAUCGUGUAGUUUUGUACGUGAAAUCAUGGCCGUUUAGUAUCAAUGCCUUUGAUUUGUCUUUUCUCUAAACGUUAAAGGAAAUACAGAAGAGUGUAUUCGCUGUAGUGCAGGUGGGAAUUGAUAGUGCGAGAAUAUAUUAAUAAAAAUGAAUGACUGACUUGUAGGAAAUAGCAGAAGAAACCCUAUUUAUACACUGGAGAAAAUAAUUGUGAAUAGCAACUUUGAGAG